CCAGUCACCGUAGGAGAUACUGAACAGCUAGUCACUGUGAGAGAUGGUGAACAGCCAGUCAUUGUGGGAGAUGGUGUACAGCCAUUCAUUGUGGGAGAUGGUGAACAGCCAGUCACUUUUGAGGAUGGUGAACAGUCAUUCACUGUAGGAGAUUAUGAACAGCCAGUUACUGUGGGAGAUGGUGAACAGCCAGUCACUGUAGGAGAUGGUGUAGAUCCAGUCACUCUGAGAGAUGAUGGUGAACAGCAAGUCACUGGGGGAGAUGGUGAACAGCCAGUCACUGUGGGAGAUGGUGAACAACCAGUCACUGUAGAAGAUGGUGAGCAGCCAGUCACUGUGGGAGAUGGUGAACUGCCAGUCACUUUUAGAGAUGGUGAACAGCAAGUCACUGCGGGAGAUGGUGAACAGCAAGUCAGUGUGGGGGAUGGUGAACAGCAAGUCACUGUGGGAGAUGGUGAAUAUCCAGUCGCUGUGGGAGAUGGUGCACAACCUUUUACUGUAGGAGAUGGUGAGCAGCCAGUCACUGUAGGAGAUGAUGAACAACCAGUCACUCUAGGAGAUAGUGUACAGCCAGUCACUGUGGGAGAUGAUGAACAGCAAGUCACUGUGGGAGAUGGUGAACAGCAAGUCACUGUGGGAGAUGAUAAAAACCCAGUCACUGUGGAAGAUGGUGAACAGCCAGUCACUGAGGGAGAUGGUAAACAGCCAGUCACUGUGGGAGAUGGCGAACAGCCAGUCGCUGUUGGAGAUAAUGAACAGCCAGUCACUGUGGGAGAUGCUGAUCAGGCAGUCACUCUGGGAGAUGGUGCACAGCCAGUAACUGUAGGAGAUGGUGAACAGCCAGUCACCGUAGGAGAUACUGAACAGCUAGUCAUUGUGAGAGAUGGUGAACAGCCAGUCAUUGUGGGAGAUGGUGUACAGCCAGUCAUUGUGGGAGAUGGUGAACAGCCAGUCACUUUUGAGGAUGGUGAACAGUCAUUCACUGUAGGAGAUUAUGAACAGCCAGUUACUGUGGGAGAUGGUGAACAGCCAGUCACUGUAGGAGAUGGUGUAGAUCCAGUCACUCUGAGAGAUGGUGAACAGCCAGUCACCUUAGGAGAAGGUGAACAGCCAGUCACUUUGGGAGAUGGUGUACAGUCAGUUCCUGUAGGAUGUGGUGAACAGCCAGUCACUCAAAUCACUGGGGGAGAUGGUGAUCAGCCAGUCACUGUGGGAGAUGGUGAACAACCAGUCACUGUAGGAGAUGGUGAGCAGCCAGUCACUGUAGGAGAUGGUGAACAACCAGUCACUUUAGGAGAUGGUGAGCAGCCAGUCACUGUAGGAGAUGAUGAACUGCCAGUCAAUUUUAGAGAUGGUGAACAGCAAGUCACUGCGGGAGAUGGUGAACAGCAAGUCAAUGUGCGAGAUGGUGAACAGCCAGUCGCUUGUACAGCCAGUCGCAGUGGCGAACAGUCAGUCGCUGUUGGAGAUAAUGAACAGCCAGUCACUCUGGGAGAUGGUGCACAGCCAGUAACUGUAGGAGAUGGUGAACAGCCAGUCACCGUAGGAGAUACUGAACAGCUAGUCACUGUGAGAGAUGGUGAACAGCCAGUCAUUGUGGGAGAUGGUGUACCACCAGUCAUUGUGGGAGAUAGUGAACAGCCAGUCACUUUUGGAGAUGGUGAACAGUCAUUCACUGUAGGAGAUUAUGAACAGCCAGUUACUGUGGGAGAUGGUGAACAGACAGUCACUGUGGGAGAUGGUGUAGAUCCAGUCACUCUGGGAGAUGGUGAACAGCCAGUCACCUUAGGAGAAGGUGAACAGCCAGUCACUUUGGGAGAUGGUGUACAGUCAGUUCCUCCAGUCACUGUGGGAGAUGGUAAACAACCAGUCACUGUAGGAGAUGGUGAGCAGCCAGUCACUGUGGGAGAUGGUGAACAGCAAGUCACUGGGGGAGAUGGUGAUCAGCCAGUCACUGUGGGAGAUGGUGAACAACCAGUCACUGCAGGAGAUGGUGAGCAGCCAGUCACUGUAGGAGAUGAUGAACUGCCAGUCACUUUUAGAGAUGGUGAACACACAGUAGCUGUGGGAUAUUGUGAACGGCCAGUCACUGUGGGAGAUUGCGAACAGCAAGUCACUGUGGGAGAUGGUAAACACCCAGUCACUGCGGGAGAUGGUGAACAGCAAGUCAGUGUGGGGGAUGGUGAACAGCAAGUCAAUGUGCGAGAUG